AUGCAGCUGCUCUGCGAUGGGACUGUCAGCGGCUAUGGCGUCGUCUACGCCGGCGUCUCUAACGACACCUACUUUAGGAAAGGCCUGGGUCUCGGUUCGACGUUCAUUUGCGCAGUGGUUGCAGUGACAUAUUACUUUGAGCGCUACCGAGGAGUAGCCUCCGGCAUUGCGUCUGCGGGCACUGGGGUGGGCUACAUCGUGGUUCCACUGGCGCUAAACUCUCUAAUGACCCGUUUCGACACGCCAAUCGGUUGGAGACACGCCGUUCUAGUCGACUCUUUCAUUUUGACCGGCACCACCUUCGUGAAUGGCUUGAUUAUCCGACCACUAGAAAUCGAGGCGGCCACCCUGAAUGAGAUUCUGGAUAUGGAGAAUAUGCCCACCUAUCCCAUUAACCAUAUUGGCAAAACCUUCAGAUCUGGCUUGGAAACUAUCAGAGGGUCGGAAGUUCUGGGGUUCACGUCACAACCAAAAAACUCAUCGCAUCCGCUGCAAGAGCAAUUGGCAGAGAUUUUUGCCUCAGUGCCGACCAUUCCAGGAAGUCAGUUAGAUGGGAGUCAGCACACCAAGCACAGUGGAUUGUGGGACAGAAUCGUGGCCCAGGAGGUGGAUGCUGCGAGACGGAUUUUGGCUGAAAAACUUCGAUCAUGUGCUUUGAGCAAUGACCAAAGAGAUGGAGACAUUCUCAAGAGCGCUCCUGAUGGCCUGAGUCACUUUCGACUGGAGCCGAGCUACCUGCAUUCGAAAGUUCCUUUCUUCACAAAGACUGUAGUCGUGAAGCCGCUCGACCGUCCCGACAGUCUCUUCCCAUCCAGUCUGCACAUUCUGCCCUCUCUGGACCGCGGCAUUGCAAACCGCCGCAUGGAUGCAGCUUUUGCUGAUGAUUCGGUCCUUCUAAGCACCGUCUCACCAACAGUUGCCUCCAUGGGCAGUAAUGUCAGGAAAACACCCGCCUCGCUACGACGUCGCCUAAUAUGCAUAUUCGACCUCACACUUUUCCACAACUUCUCCUUCCUCGUCCUCUGCUCCUCCUUUGUAGUAUGUCAGCUGGCCUACUUUGUGCCUUUCGCGUACUUCUUCACUCUUGCUCUAGACGCUAUACUGACUCGCAGCAGUGCCAUGUGGCUCAUUACCACUUUGGGCAUCCUACACACACUGGGUCGUCUUGUUAGGGGUGCGUUAGCAAAUUUUCCCCACGUGGACAUCGUCAUUGUCACCGCGAUGUCGUGCCUUCUUUGCGCAGUGUGUCAUUUUGCCUUGCCUUUCCUCCCCCACACCUUCAUCACGCUUGCAAUCUAUUCCGGCUCGUUGGGUUUUCUUUGUGCGGUUCCUUGUCCUCUGCAACCUCUACUUUUCGUCCGCUUUCUGGGCCUCUCCAGACUCACCAUGGCAGUGGGUAACUCUAGCAUCAUCAAGGGCAUCGCUGCAGUAAUCGGACCUGUUGUGGCAGCUUACAUUAAGAACUCUACUGGAAGUCUAGAUGGUACUUUCUACUGGUGCGGCGGCUGCUUAUUAGUGUCGGGACUCCUCCUGUUCUUGCUCUACUUGCCUUGCGAGGGCGCAAAUGAUCAGCGUGAUCCGAUGGGUGAAUGA